AUGUCACAGAAAGGUGAUUUCAUUGUUUAUUCAGGAAAUGUAGGCCAGCCCAGCUUCAGGCCAACCCAGCUUCAGGCCAGUCCAGCUUCAGCAGCAGCCAUGGACCGGCCUGCGACGUGCCUGUUCGCGUUGUGUGUGUUGUGCUUGUUCGGCGCGUCCCGGAGCGCUAGGUGGGCCCACUCGGCCUACCUCAGCCCGGACUACCGCCUGCUGUGGUCCCUGGGGCCCGGGCCGCAGGACAUGACCUUCGAGCUGCAGGUGCGGACUCUCGGACUUCUACCUGAUUCAACCGAAAUCGACGAAAUUGUCAAACUUUGCGAAUCAGAAGAAGCUGCAUCAUCUGAAGAAAAACAGUCUAACAAAGUAGUGGACAGCGUCAACCAGGAAAGUCAGCGAAGGCGUAGGACCACUCGAAAAUGUUCCCGAUGCAACCAAAAUUGUCAUAAGAGUCUCAAAGAUUGCCCAGCAAGGAAUACCAUUUGUGACGAAUAUUGA